CCAUUUAUCAAUCACUUGCAUCAUAUAUCCCAAAUAUAGAAAUGGCUUUGAGGAAGAAGAGAUAAAACAAAAGUCCCAACAAAUGGAGGAGAAAAGCACUUGCAAGGUUUGUGUUACAGGAGGUGCAGGGUACAUAGGUUCUUCUCUUGUAAAAAAGCUUUUGGAUAAAGGUUACAUUGUUCAUGCUACCCUAAGAAACUUAGAGGAUGAGUCAAAGGUGGGGCUAUUGAAGAGUUUAAGUGGUGCAGAUAAAAGAUUAAAGUUAUUUGAAGCUGACAUUUAUAAAGCAGAGGAAUUUGAGGAGGCUAUUCAAGGCUGUGAAUUUGUUUUUCAUGUUGCCACACCUUUGUUGCAUUCUGAAGGUUCUCAGUACAAAGAUAGAACAGAGGCAACAAUUGAUGGAGUGAAGAAAAUUGGAAUGAUUUGUCUUAAAAGUGGGAGAGUUAAGAGACUUAUCUAUACUGCUUCUGUUGUAGCUGCCUCCCCAUUGAAGGAAGAUGGAAUUACUUUCAAACAAUUAAUGGAUGAAACAUGUUGGACACCUCUUAAUUUCUCAAAUCCUUACACCAAACAGUGGCUUUGGGAUUAUGUAGAGUCAAAGAUGCUAGCUGAGAAAGAGAUGUUGAAGUUUGAGAAGGAAGGUUUAGAAGUGGUUACAUUAUGUUGUGGCCUUGUAGGUGGAAACACUUACUUACCUUAUAUCCCAACAAGUGGUGCUAUGUUCUUGUCAAUGUUAACUCAAGAGGAGAUUCUCUACAAUUCACUCAAGUUUUUAGAGGAACUUACUGGAAAAGUUCCAAUUGUGCAUAUUGAAGAUGUGUGUGAAGCUCAUUUGUUCUUCAUGAAUAAUGUUGUUGAUGUUGGUUCUCUCAAUGGGCGUUUCUUGUGUGCUAGCUCAUUUGUUUCUACUGCAGAGAUUGGCACUUACUAUCAACACAAUUAUCCAGAGUUUAAGGUCAACCAAGAGUACUUGUAUGAUCCCAAGAGAGAAAUCAAGUGUGGAUCGAAAAAGUUGGUUGAGAAAGGUUUUGUGUACAAAUAUGGGAUGAAGGAGAUAUUGGAUGAUUGUGUUAUUUGUGCAAGGAAGAAUGGCAUUUUAUAGUAACAAUGAAUAAACAUCUCAUGAUGAAAGUCAAAAUUCCAUAUU